AUGAGCCAACAAAUGAACAUGAUGGGCGGGCCCACCCCCAAUUCCGACACGCCAAACAACGCGUCCAGUGUAGACAUAUCUCGCCAGAAGCUCAACACAUAUAUUUACGACUAUUUUCUCAAGCACGGCAACCACGAAGUCGCCCGCGUCAUCUUGAAGACUGUCGACCUCGAUCUUGAUCACAAUGCCACCCCUGAUCGUAAAGACGUCAAUGGCGUGAACGACUCGAUGGACACUGACUCCAAAGACAUCAAGAAGCCCGACGAUCUCCCCUCGCCAAACGUCCCCUCGGCCUCAAAAGGCAGCUUCCUGUACGAUUGGUGGCACCAAUUCUGGGAGUGUUUCAAUGCUCAACACGGCCGAGCCACCAACACACAAACUGCCAAAUAUCUGAGCAACGUCCAGGCCCGAAUGGCCAACGACCGACAGAGGCUGAUGCGCGUCGAUCCCCAGAUGCAAGCCAACAUGGCCAUGCGCCCCGGCAUGGUCGGCCCCGGUAUGCCAGUGCCCCCCGACAUGGCCAAGAAGCUCGGUCUUCAACCUGGCCGCCAACCUACGCAACAGCAAAUGGUGCAGAUGCAACAACAACUGCGCAUGCAACAAAUGGCGCAGCUCCAACAGACGACCAUGCAGAGAGAAGGUUCAACUAUGGAACAAAGACCCACCUCUCCGGGUGGAGGUGACGCCGCUCCCUCCCCCAAGCGUCAACGACUAGAUGGCAACUUCAACGGUGCCAUGGGUCCGAUGGGCCGCGGUCAGCCCCAGGGCAUGCCCGGACAACAGAUGGCCAAUCCUCAGGCGAAAGCGAUGCAACAGGUAUAUGCCAACUCCAUGCGCCAGCACAUGCAAUCCGCCAUGGAUUCUAACGUGGACAAGGGGUUGAUGCCUAACGGAGCACCUCAGAUGCCGCAGGAUCCCAACGCCGCCGAAUUCUUCAAUCCCCAAAUGCGGCCCAUGCCCGGUCAGGGCCCUCCCAACGCGAACAGCAACCACGCCUUGCAGGACUACCAGAUGCAACUUAUGCUGCUAGAACAACAGAACAAGAAGCGCCUCUUGAUGGCCCGCCAAGAACAAGACAACAUGACCAAUGGUCCCAAUGGCCCUGUGCCCGCAUCCGGCCAGCCCCAGAACUUCGCCCCCGCCAUGUCGCCCUCCAACAGCAGGGCUGGUCCCUCGCCAGGUCCUAACGAGCAGAUGCGACGCGGCACUCCCAAGAUGGCCCCCGGCGUCGUUCCAUCCCCGACCGCAGACGGCGGCAUGCCCGGUCGCGCUUCUCCAGCUCCAGGCCAGUUCGAUCCUAACAAUCCCAUGAACCCAUCAAUGUUCCCCAUGGCCAUGAUGAAGGGCACCAAUGGACAGAUGAUGCAGCCUCCCAGCUCGCAUCCUGGGUUUGGUCAAUUGAGCCAACAACAGCAGAUGGAAAUGUUCCGCCAGGCCCAAAGCCGCAACGGCCAGGCGCAGAUGGCCAAUGGCUUCAUGCCUCAGCCAGGGCCUAAUAUGAUGGCAGGCCAGCCUCCCCCGCAACCACCUAAUAUGACUCCCCAACAGCGCAACGCUGCCAUGCCUCCUCCGCCUGCUCCCGGCAAUGAUGGCCCAAGAACUGGUACAGGCCCUUCGUCGCCUUCGCAAAACCAGCCACCCACUCCUUCACAAGCGAACAAGCCUAAGAAAAAGGACACCAAGGCCUCGGCAACCAAGGGUAACAAGAAGGGGACAACUGGGGCUACUCCUCAAGAGUCGGCUGAACAGCCUCCAACUCCAACUCCAGCACCGCCAAUCACACCUCAGCCAACUUCAGCAUUUCCCCCGAAGCCUGGCCAGCCCCAAAACCAACAGCAGCCGCCGAAUGCUCAAUCCGGCAUGCCUGGUCAGCAAAAUCCAGGCGGCGAUAUGUCCAACGUCGGAGCUCCUUUCGGCAAUAUGGACAGCGAUUUUGGCAGUAUGGGUCUCGAUUUCGAGAUGGGCGGCCCGGAUGUGCUCGACAAUUUCGAUUUCGACUCCUUCCUCACCACCGACGGCGGUGCCGACGGCUUCGGUUUCGACCCCAGUGGCAUGAACUUUGGCACUGAUGGCGGUCUUGAGGCAGGCGGUGAUGUUUGA